AUAGGUGUACCCAAAUGGCUAAAAAUGUCAAGGGACGUUUGGUUGAAACCUGAAAGCUUAAACUCACUUGAAUAGUUUCUAGUUUUUCUUUCAGUUUGUUACUUUUCUUUUAUGGAUUUCUCUUUUUUCCACUAUUUAUGGUUGCUGAAGUAUAGAUUAACGAUCUUGGAUUGUUGAGACUUGCUUUUUCAUUGAAUUCUCCCCAUGUCGGUUAUGUUUUUUGUAAAAAAUGUUUUCCCGUGUUUGGUUGCGACUUAAAACUGAUGUGUUAAUGGUUGGGCUGCGGUGGUGAGGUGGAAAAUGGUUUUUGCCCAAGAAAGAUUAUAUUUGUUGAUUUUCGUUUUCUGUCAUAUCAAAACCCAAAAAAUACGAAAAAUAUUUUUCAAAAACACAUUGUGCUGAAAUAAACAGAGUUCUAAUGUUUGCCAUUUUGCCCUUUCUUUUACUUUCUUGGUACCCAAAUAGCUAAAAAUGAUUUGGUUGAAAGCUGAAACCCCCCACUUGAAAAUUUUCUACUUUCUCUUUUAGUUUGUUAGGUUUCUUUCAUAGAUUUCCUUUUCUUCCUUAUCCUGUUUAUGUCUUCUUAUCUUUGCUGAAAUAUAUAUUUCAACAAUCAUCGAAGCUCUAGACUUGCCUUUCAAUGAAUUCUCCCCAUGCUUUAAUGUUUGCCAUUUUGCUCUUUCUUUAACUUUCUUGGUGGUACUUUUCUUCGCUGUGUUCUUUGUGGUACUUGAGUACUCCUUUAUCUUCUUCUUUUCUUCCUCUAACUUAGCAUUAGAAUGCUAAUAGGUGGCAUUUUAUUGGCUAAUGAUGAGUUUGGUUAGUGCCUUUCUAGUGGAAUUUUGGGUUGGGCUCUCACUUCAAAUAUCACUUUGGUCAUGUUGUCACCACAAAAACACGAAAAAACAAAACAAAUUCUUUGGCCGUCACCAAAUUUUCAAUUUUUUCCCCCUUUCCAUAACCCACCUUUUAGAAACACCAAUUUUUUUUUUUUUUUUUUUUUUUGUGAAUUUUCAAAAACUAUUUUUUGCAGAAAAUGAUGUGAAAACAGUAGAAGGUGUUUAUAAAAUUUUCAUUGCUUUUGCUUCUAAAAAUAAGAAAAAGGAAAACAGAACCAAACAUGCCCAAAGAUUUGCGCUCUGCAGGGUUGAGCUCUUAGCUCAUCUACCGGUAUUGCACAUCGUAGGGUGAUCCAAGAGAGAGGACUGGGAUCUAACCAAUUUAGUUACAACUCGUACGGCAAUUGUGCACCGAGAGGUGUUUAUCUGCUCAAAAUCUAAAAGCAUAGUAUUUUUGCUAGCAAAGAUUUCCGGGAGCAUAUAAAAUUUGAAGACUAUGUUGCUGUUGUUGAGCCUUUUCUGAAUCAUGAAACUCGGUAAUGAUUAUAAUGAUUAUGAGCUUUUCAAAUCUAAUGACAAUCCAGAGGAGAUGGAAAUUUUGAAGUUGGACAAAGCGGCUCAUUUAGAGGAUGAGUAUAUAGGUACUUGGCAUCUAGGAAAACAGGAGUAUCAAGUUAAUUCAGAUUCCUUUCUGCAUAGCAAAGGAAAUAGAUGUGCAGUCAGGAACAUAGUAAAAUUUCACGGUUUUAUGACUGAGGAUGAUUCGAUUAACAGAAACGAGUGUACAACACUUUAUGCCAAAACUCCGCUUGAACUGCAACAGAGGGAGGAUAGAACUGGCCAUUAUACUGAUGCGAGCAUUAUGGAUUGCGAAAUGCCAGAACGGGUUAUUUUUCCACAAGAGGGCAAUUAUCAGGUUGUCAAAGACAUUUGCGUCGACAGGGAAAUCAAGUGUUCGAUGGAAAAUUGCGAGUUGGACCAUAAUGUCAUCUCUUGUUUACUGAACUCUGAUGCAGACACAGACAUUGAAUUGACAAAAGAAGCACCGAACACCGCCACAGCGUCAUCCAUUUCUAAUGCAUCUGAAUCUUUCCCGGACCACGACUGCAUUAAGGAUGCUGUCGAGCAGUGUGGUUCGAUGAAAUUUUCAAUGGAACUUAAUGGAGGUUUUGAUGCAAGGACUGGACAAAGAGGUGAACAAAAAGAUCACAAGAAUGUUUUGUUUUUGUUUUUGUUUUCUCAAAAGUUUCAGUUUCCAAAUAUGGCCACUGAAGUUGCUUCCAAGACUGAGAUAGAGACUAAAAGCAUCACUCAUGAUUGUGAUUCAUUAGUAACCAGAAUCAAUGGCAGACAGAAAAACCCGGGAAUUGCAGAUUAUCAACCACCUCUUGAAACUGUAAACUUGUCCGAGGUUGAAAAUGGGAUAUCAGAAAAAUUGAUGACAUCAAGUCGAGCCUAUGACCAUGGAGAGUCCAGUUUCUCUGCAGUAGGUCCUCUUUCAGGGUCGAUAGCGUUUUCUGGGCCAAUGUCAUAUUCCGGUAGCAUCUCUCUCCGGUCAAAUAGCAGCAAUAGUGUGCGGUCUUUCGCAUUUCCAGUAUUGUCCUCGGAAUGGAAUGGCAGCCCUGUGAGAAUGAUGGAAGCUGACAGGAGACACUUGAAGAAGCACAGACGUUGGAGGACAGGUUUUCUCUGCUGCAAAUCCUGAGAACUAUAUAUAUAAUCCUCUUUUCUUUUCUUUUUUUUCUUUUUUACUCAGUUGUUAUUUUUUGUAUAUAUCCAAUGAUUAAUAAGAACGUCAGUGAAUUUCCAUAUCA